AUAAGGAAAAUUCCCUUUUACUAAGGAUGAAUGAUUUUGUGGUUGGUAAAAAAAGUUCUAAAGUCGAAGGAAUUUUAUCUAGACUUGCUAUGUCAGCAUCAAGAGGUAUGGAUUUAACAAAGGAAACUAUGUCUUCAGACUGUCAUAAACAAGAGCAACACCAACGGUCAGAAGAAAAUAAUUCACAACAUGAGUCACAAAAUAACUAUUUACAUGGAUCCGCUGCUAAUAAAUUGCCUUAUGAUCUCCUACAAAGUCUUUCCUCACAAAGGAUUUGGUGCCAAAGUAGAAAAAAACAACCAAGCUUCAUGUCACAAGUACUAAAAUCUGAGUUUGUUCCAAAUAGGACAUAUAAUCGUAAUACCAUCACUGUGAAUCCAGACUGCAGGUUUGGUAAGGUGGUGAUACCAUCUGAGUCAAAAAUGGCCUCUCAAGGAAUGUCAUCUAAUCAGAGGGCUUCGCAGGAAUUUGAUACUAUUUGGAAUAAUCUGGAACAUAUUUCACAGAAUGAAUAUGCACAAAUUCAUGAAAGAGGAAUUGCAUACGAAUUUAGGGAAAAUGAGCCUGAACAAACUUCUCUUGAAAUUCAAUCAUUCAGGAUUGGCUCAAAUGAUGAAUAUCCUGUGAGGAAUGAUAGCUUAACAGAUUUGCUUGUCACAGGAUCAUCAAGCUUAGCUCAGUUGUUAAAUCCCAUAAUGGGUCAGUCACACAAUCAGCUAGGUUUAAAUGACUGUCAGCCAAGUGUUCUUGGAAAUACCUGUAAUUAUGAUGAAGUACCUGUUUCAUCCACACCCUAUCCUCAUGACAGCAUCCAAUCUCCAAAACCAACAGUUCCAUCUAAUACAAAUUACCCUGGUGAUUACCACUUCGAAAUAUCAUUUGCACAACCCUCAAAGGAAACGAAAUCAACUACUUGGACAUAUUCCGAAAAAUUAGACAAAUUGUAUGUGAGAAUGGCUACCACAUGUCCUGUUCGAUUUAAGACAUUACAGACGCCUCCAUCUGGUUGCCAGAUUCGGGCAAUGCCAAUAUUCAUGAAACCAGAACACGUUCAAGAAGUAGUAAAGCGAUGUCCAAACCAUGCAACUGCUAAGGAACAUAAUGAAAAUCAUCCAGCCCCUGUACACAUUGUCAGAUGUGAACAUAAGUUAGCUAAGUAUGAAGAAGAUCUUUAUAAUGGGCGUCAAAGUGUGUUAAUACCACAUGAAAUGCCACAAGCGGGCUCUGAGUGGGUGAUCAACUUAUACCAGUUCAUGUGUCUUGGUUCUUGUGUUGGAGGUCCAAACAGAAGGCCUAUGCAACUAGUAUUUACGCUGGAGAAAGAUAAUCAAGUGUUAGGGCGACGGGCUGUUGAAGUUAGAAUAUGUGCAUGCCCAGGUAGAGACAGAAAAGCUGAUGAAAAAGCUGCUUGUUCACCUGCAAAACCUCCAAGCCCGCAAAAAAAUGGGUUUGCUCAGAGAUCAUUAUUAAUCACAAACGACAUAACAAAAGUAGCACCAAAAAAGAGAAAAAUUGAUGACGAAGUAUUCACACUUAAAGUGAGAGGGCGAGAUAAUUAUGAGGUGCUUAGUAAGAUACGUGAUGCAAUGGAAUUAGCUGCUCGAAUCCCAGAACCAGAACGUCUAUUAUACAAACAAGAAAGACAGUGGCUAUCAUCAGAUGAGGUUCCAGAUUCUCACUCCAGUCCUACGGUUUCCCAAGGUGUUAGUCCUGCCCGAAAGAAAGUGAUGAAACUGACCAAACUGAUCCUUAAAUGAACACUUGGAACUUAAACCAAGCUCUGCUAAUAUGUAUAAUUUAACAUAAAACAUUUCAGUUAUGUGUAGGCCUGACAAUAUCAAAUUUCACUCAGAGACCAAUGCUUAUCGUAUUUAAUUAUUGAAGGUCCUCACUUUAGGUUGCGUUGAUAUUACAACAGCACCUGUGAAUACAUGCCAGGAAAUAUGUCAAUAAUGAAGGAAAUACAUUUUUUAAUGACGAUCUACACCCAAACACAAUGCAUUGCUGCUAUUUUCUCAUUGUGGACUUCAUUCUUGUUGCCGUAAAUAAUUUACAUAUAAUGUUAUUUACAUAACAUCUUUUUACAAAUUCAUAUGUAUACAUUUUUUUUUUACUUUUAUAUCAUUUAUAGUCUUAUAUUUUUAGAGAAUCAUUGAAAAUCAAAAACCAUUUGCAUUUAAAAAGGUUUUUUUUUUAAACAUUUUUUUGAUAUUUGUUUUUCAUUUAUUUUUGAUGUAACUUGUAUAAUUAGUUUUAAUUUAUUCUGCAAGCAUUUGUUCAGUAUAUUGUUUUAGAAAAGAAAUGUUUCUAAUUAUGAAAAUAAUAUCUAACAUAAAAAGCACAAACCUUAUUAGGCAACAGAAUACAUUACAAAUUACUGUUUGAAUUCAGUUAAAACUUUUGAAUGUGAAAUAACUGAUUUCAGAUAUUUUCUUAUUAUUUGUAAUGCCGAGAAGUGAGCAGUAUUCAUUACACGAGGAGCUAGCACCAAUGUUUUGGUUUUCAAAUUAAGCUAUUUCACUUCACUAACCUUGUGAUAGAUGUGAAAGUUACAACCUUUCCCUCCUUUUCCAACAUUAUUUGGCUGAAGAAGACAAUGGAAAAAACCAGUGUAUUUUCUUCAGCACAUUGACAGACAUAACAGGCUACAUACUGAAGUGUGUAGUUUUUUUUUUAGCACAUAAACCUUAUAUUUAACUUGGCUUUACAAGUUUCUUUUCAGCUCUGUAUGGGGACAUUGUUCUUUCUAUAGACAAAAAAGUGAUAAAGUGAGUUAUGAAAUAAGAGAAUUUUAGUCUCUUGGUGCUUUUCUAAUUAUUAAGAUAUAUUUGUCUACGAUUAUAUUAUUUAGUUAUGAAUUACUUAAUGAAUGUUGUGUUAAUUUAUACAGUGCAGAAUAGUAUUCUAUAACUGAUGUGUAAAUCAUUUUCUUAAAUCUAACAAUGAAUUUAGUUAAAUCCAUUUAGCUUCAUAUUCUUCUGACUCUGGCCAACAUUAGUAUGCCUUAAAAGCAUAUUAUCUUAGGAAGUAGGUAUUCAUUUGAAGAAUGAACCUAAAAGAUCUCAAAUUAUUAAGUCAAAUACUGUUCUUUGUGUCUGCUUCACCCUGCUGGCAUGUGUUGGCUGAGUCUUUUUGAAGCAGUGUUUUCUGGUCGGGUACUCAUUUUGACACAAACCCUUAUAAGUUGUUUCUUGCAACAGACAAGUGUAUGAUGUACCUAUUGUAAAAACUGAAACACAGUGGAUUAAUCUAAUCAACCAGGGUCCAUAUGACCCUUAGGGAUCCUCAUAAAAUAUUGUUGCUAAAAUUUAUGUGCUGUAAACUUCUAUAAUACACAAAAUGUUUUAACAAUUUGUUUUAAUACAAUUCCUAGUAGUGUUUAAUUAUGAAAAUAUUAUAGGAUUUUUUAAACAUCGAAUGGCUAUGAAGGUCCAACGAAUCUUUCUGAUUUGGCGGACACCAUUUCUUAUUUAGUGUGUUUUCAACCGAAACACAUUAAAACUUUGUAUACUUGUAUAUUUUGUCUUAUAGAACAGAGAAAAUUUUUUACAUUCAAAGUUAUUUCAUGUUAAAAGUUGUCGUAUUUCGGUAAUUUCAACCAAUCACUGACGUCUAUUGAGGUGAAAACAAUCACUGCUGUGACUUGUCAACAAGACGUGGUGGUGUAAUGGGAUCUUUUCCCUUGAAUAAAAUUAGUGCCGUUGUUUGUCAACAACUAUCGGCGGUACUGUUAUUUAUGGCAUCGUUCAUGCGUUUGUACUGGUUUUAGCUUUAGGGAUUUAGGGUU